AUGUCUCUGAAUGCUGGUGGAGUAAAAACUGACAAUAAUGGAAAUAUACAGGAAAUGGCUGCCGUCUGUUUGUUAUACCCAACGGACGAGAGCGAUAUCACUAAAAAAGAAUUGAUAGCACAAUGGCGAAAAACGUUUUAUUCGCGAAUAAAAGAAUUUAAAUUUAACUACAUAAAAAUAUCUCCAUGUCCAGUGACGUCCGUUGAAUUAGAAAUUCCAAUUCUUGCUGGUAACAUAACUCUUCUGAUAGGAGUUUCAGUAACAGUAAUUACUAUCUUAUGUGUUCUGAUGUACAUGACUAACGACUGGGUUAAGAGCAAACCGUGGAUGGGAAUAGCUGCUGUCGUUUCUGUUGGUUUAGCAACAGUUUCGUCUUUUGGUCUGUUGAGUGCAGCAGGAGUUGACAAUCCGAGUACCAACGUUGUCAUACCUUUUAACGUUUAG